GCACGCAGCGGCAGCGGCCACCUUCCCGAAGCUUCCGCCUCCACACACCGGAAUCCAAACCCCCACCGACCCAACCCCACUCCCUCCCUCACCGCCCUCCAGGGUUCUGCGGCCGCGCUCCAUGGCGAAGGGGAGGCGCCGCGCCGUCGCCGCCGGCGGCGGCCGGCCCCGCGGGGGCGGGUCUGCCGGAGCGGCGGCCGCUUCGGGGAGCAAGGACUACAUCUCCGCCGGCGUCAACCUCAUGGGCGCCCACCUCGGGAUGCGCCGCAUGAACAGCGAGCAGUCGGAGGCGAUUAAGCGCGUCAUCGAGUCCUCGGACGUCGUCGACCCCGACCGCGCCAUGAGGAUGUUGGACAAUGUGAAUGCGAGCGACAGCGAUUCGUCGGACAACGAGGAGAUGGAGGACUAUGGGCCGCUGCACGAGGCGGCCGGCACGGGGAGGAUGGACACCUGCAAGUACCUGGUGGAGGAGCUUGGGUUCGACAUCAAUGCUGAUGCCAACAAUGAUUCGGGCAUGACACCCUUGGCUUGUGCGGUGGCGCGUGGUAAAGCAAUUGCUGUGAGGUAUUUGCUUGACAAAGGCGCUAAUCUGAAUAAGCAAGACAGUGUGGGCUUUUCUCCUCUGCACUAUGCUACAAAGAAAGGAAACGAUGGGCUGGUACGACUGUUGCUAUCCAAAGGAGCUAGUGCUGAUAUAUCCUCUUGUGAAGGGACACCACUACACGUGGCUGUGUCGGAUGGGAAUUAUGGCAUCGUCCAGUCUUUAUUGCAGCAUGAUGCAGAUCCAAACAGGGUUUUUUCAGAUUUAGGAACACCCAUGACUGCUGCAGUUCUUUGUGCUGAUGUUAUUUGUGUCGCUGGAAAAAUUUCUGUGUCUGCUGCUUUGAAGUGCAUGAAGCUUCUUGUCAAGGCUGGUGCUGGUUUGAACUGCACGACUCCUGAUACUCCAUUGGUGAUAGCAACCAGCAAAGACUUAACUGAAUGUGUCCAGUACUUGUUGGAGGUCGGUGCAGAUGCCAAUAUUCCAAGCAACUAUAAUGGUACGACACCAAUAGAAAUCGCUGCAGACUCUGGAAAAAGAGAGCUCGUGGAGAUUCUAUUUCCAUACACUAAACCCAUUCAACGUGUGUCAAACUGGAGUGUUGAUGGAAUCAUUACCCACGCAAAAUCAAAGCACUUGAAGGACAAGGGUAAGCAAUGUGAUAAGGCCAGCAAGGUUAAGCAAAGUGACAAGGACAGCAAGGUUAAGCGGAAAGAGGAUGCCAGUGCACGGAAGUCCUCUUCCGAGGAGAAGGUAAUUCAAGAUAAGAAGGCUGAGCUGAAAUCACUUGGUGCAAAAGCAGUAGAGGAAAAGGACUAUGCCGGUGCAUCAAAAUUCUACAGCGAGGCAAUCAAAGUGGAUCCUAAAGAUGCAACGCUCUAUUCGAAUAGAAGCCUAUGCCAUCUAAGGAUUGGUGAAGCACAUGAUGCUCUGGUGGAUGCUGAUGCUUGCAUCAGGCUGCGGCCUGAUUGGCCAAAGGGUUACUGCCGGAAAGGAGCUGCCUUAACAGCGCUCAAGGAUCACAAGGAAGCAUGCGAUGCGUACAUGGCUGCGGUGAAACUGGAUCCUUCAAAUCAGGAGCUGCAUGAAGCAUUUUGGGAGGCGGUUGCGGCAAUGAAGGCGGAACUUGGCGCUGGACAAAGCGGCAGCUCAUCGGACUCCGAUUAGGGCCGCGGCCUGGGUGGACGUGCCCAGUGGUUCCCUUCCAGGCUUCUCAUUGCGUGCGUGUUUACGUCUGGCGAAACUGUCGAUCUCUUUUUUGUCAUGGACGUAUGGCGAAGUGGCGCUCAGUUCCUUAGAAACGCCGCGCUGUUGCUACAUGGGCCAUGGCUGCUCGUGCGAGCGCUUUGAAUUAGUCUGGUGCUUUGACGAUCUGUUUGAAGCAUGGAUGGUGCUGUAUUUUGCUAGACUCUGGUGAUGGAUGCUUUGGAUUGAACUUGUUUUAUCGUCUCUGUUUGGUCCGUCCAAA